GGGGGGGGGAUCGAGCAAGCAAGAGCGAGCACGCACGCCCUCUCUGGAACCCAGACCCCGACCACACCACCCAUUCGUCUCAACUCCGACCCCUCAAGCUCACGGGCGCAGAGUUUCCAGAAGCAUCGCCCGCGGCGAUCGGGCGGCGACGCGGGAGGACGGCGGCGGUGGCGGCGACGGUUGGCUGGAGAUGGACGCGGCGGGGAAGCUUCGGUGGCCUUUGGCGGACGGCAGCAUCACCGAUCUCCUCGACACCCGCAGCCUCCACGGCUCCCCCGACAUUAAGAAGAAAGUACAAUUCCAUUCUUCACUAGUGCAAAAGCUUGCAUUGGAAAAGGAGAUGGAGGGUCACGUAGGUUGCGUGAAUGCUAUUGCGUGGAAUUCAAAUGGUUCACUUCUCAUAUCAGGAUCAGAUGACACCAGGAUUAACAUCUGGAGUUAUAAUAAUCGAGAGCUGUUGCAUGAUAUUGACACUGGACAUUCUGCAAAUAUCUUUUGCACAAAAUUUGUUCCGGAAAGAUGCGAUGAUGUAGUAGUCUCUGGAGCAGGAGAUGCGGAGGUUCGUGUUUUCAAUUUGUCUCGUUUAAGUGGCAGAAAGCCUAGAGAAAUUUCGAUGGAACCAGCAGCAGUUUACCAGUGUCACUCAAGUAGGGUCAAGAAACUAGCUGUUGAAAUUGGGAACCCUAAUGUUGUGUGGAGCGCAAGCGAGGAUGGUACUCUGAGACAGCACGAUUUUCGGGAGUGUAGUUCCUGUCCUCGUGCAGGAUCUGCUAAUCAGGAAUGCCGUAAUGUGCUUCUUGAUCUACGUUGUGGAGCAAAGAAGUCUUUAUCUGAUCUACCCAGACAACCAUUGGCACUGAAGUCUUGUGAUAUUAGCUCUGUUCGUCCCCAUCAAAUUGUUGUUGGGGGGAGUGAUGCAUUUGCCCGGCUGUACGAUAGGAGAAUGCUUCCACCAUUGAGUUCAUGUCAAACAAAAAGGAAGCCUCCGCCAUGCAUUAAAAUGUUCUGCCCACUGCAUCUUGCUGAUAGUAAGAAGACAUAUUUGCAUCUUACACAUGUUGCAUUCAGCCCAAAUGGGAAAGAGGUGCUUUCGAGCUACAGUAGUGAACAUGUUUAUCUAUUUGAUAUUGACCCAGAUAAUCUGAGUUCAGUGAGAUACACAGCGGAUUAUGUGCAGGAGCAAUUAUGUUUACCCCCUUUUCACAAAGAGCCAGCAAAACAACAUACAAAACAAAAGAAAUUUUCAGUAAACACAACUUCAAGAAUUUUGUGUAGGGUAGAUAUGUGCAAGAAAUUUGUGGAAGUUGCGACAAAAUGUCUGGAGAUAGGCACUAACUUAAUGCAUGGGAUUGGAGCAUGCAGUGAAGUACUUGAAUCGAUAGGAGCUGAUGUUGACGAUGACAUGAGGCAUGAUUGCUUGUGUACUCGAGCAGGAUUGUACCUAAAGAGGAAGUGGAAAAAUGAUGUUUACAUGGCUAUUCGGGAUUGCAACAGAGCUCGGUGUAUUGAUCCCACAUCUUUUCAAGCUCACUUAUACAUGUCAGAGGCCCUAUUUCAGUUAGGAAGGCUGAAGGAGGCAUCUGAGUACGCAGAAGCGGCUAAUAGUCUUCUUCCACCUUAUUCUCAGUCAAGGGAGCACGUGGAAAAUAUAAAGGAGCACAUUGCUUCAGCUGCAAAAGAGAAAAGUAAAACUGGUCAGGAUGGGAAUGCUAAAGCUGGAAACGGAAAAUUACACUCAUUAAGUGAUCUAUUGUUUAGAUCCGAUGCUAGUGGUUCAUCAUCACAGGAGGGACGAGAAGAUUCAGAUUAUGAUGAUGAAAUGGAGUUAGACUAUGAGACAUCAGUGUCGGGUGACGAAAGCCGUGAGAAUGAUCAAGGUGUCUUCCGGGGUAGUUUAAGUUUCAGAUUUCGUCAAAGAGAUUAUCAAACUAAUGAACACACUGGUGAAAAUGGAUUGAUUGAGUCCGCUCAUAAUGAUGAUUCCACCUUUCAGUCGGAAGUUGCCAUCGAUAUGAAACAAAGAUAUGUUGCACACUGCAAUGUGGGGACAGAUAUAAAACAAGCUAGCUUUCUUGGUGAGCAAGGAGAGUUUAUUGCCAGCGGAAGUGAUGAUGGUAGGUGGUUCAUAUGGGAGAAGAGAACAGGAAGGCUUGUUAAAAUGCUUGCAGGGGAUGGAGCUGUUGUGAACUGCAUACAGUCUCAUCCCUUCGAUUGUGCUGUUGCAACAAGUGGAAUUGAUAAUACGAUAAAGCUAUGGACACCCGAUGCAAAUGCUACAUCCAUGGUUGCUGGACCAGAACUUGAUGAAUUGUGUGCCAUAGAGAAUAAUCAGCAGAAGUUAUGCCGGAACCGUCAAAUUUUGUUGCCUUUUGAGGUUUUGGAACAAUUUCGGAUGCAUGAAUUUGCUGAAGGUUUUGAGUGCGCUCAGAGUUGAUGUACUACUGCUGGAGUUGCCAAGCUUUCCAUAAAAGGGUAAUACCUGGAAGAACGGUUUCAUCCAAGGUAAAAAGCAGCCCAUUUUUCGAUGAGUGAAAUUGCAAGGCCUUGUUGCACUCGCAGAUCAUGUUGGCGCACCUGCUUAGCUAAGCAGGUGUGCUGGUGCUGAAAUGUUACUUGAGAUGUCAAUAAACAGUGCAAUGAUGUUGGUUUGGGGGUAUAAUGAUUCAUUUCUGUACUGCAGUGUGGAUUCAUUCCCUUGUACAGAUUGUAGAUAGGUGAAACCCUGUAAUAAGUGAAAGUAGCUGAUGUGUGCAUGUGCUGUAGUAUUCUUUUCUCUAUGUGCCGCCUUUAGGCGAUGCUAUUUUGUGUUUGCCGGUUGAGAUAUUUGCGUCCUGUAUGUUCAUAAUACCCUUGAGUUGUGCUUGGGCGUGUAGAAGCUGUAAUGUUGUAUACUUGUAUGGUACCACUACCGCUUUGAUAUAUUUGUAUACAGCCAGCCAUACAGGUAAAGGUGGUUGUAGCGUUUCA